AUGUUACCGAACGAAGGAAGUUCUUCCGAAUCACGUAAUGAGAUCAACGAACGUGUCGACUUUUUCAUGUGUGAUUUUCAUCCGGAUGAGGCUAAGUUUAAUGACGUUUCGAUUGCGGAGUUCGACGUUCUCUCGCGAGAAUAUUUGGGAAGUGACUUUUCAUUUCUAUUUGGGGGAAAUUUACAAACCGACUCUGGUGCUGCUGCUGAUAAUGUGUUGAUGAAAUCAACACAACCUCAAGAAAAUUUACCAAACGUUUCUGCUGCUGCUGGUGAUAAUGUGUUGAUGAAAUCAACGCACUUUGACGAAAAUUUACUGGAAAACUAUGACGAAGGUGAGGAAAAUUUACAGGAAAACACUGGUGAGGCUGAGGAAAAUGAAGACUCCGAUGGUGAAGAAAAUUUACAGGAAAACACUGGUGAGGCUGAGGAAAAUGAAGACUCCGAUGGUGAAGAAAAUUUACAGGAAAACACUGGUGAGGCUGAGGAAAAUGAAGACUCCGAUGGUGAAGAAAAUUUACAGGAAAACACUGGUGAGGCUGAGGAAAAUGAAGACUCCGAUGGUGAGGAAAAUUUACCGGAGAACACUGGUGAAACUGAGGAAAAUGAAGACUCCGAUGGCGAGGAAAAUUUACCGGAAAACAGUGAAGCUGAGGAAAAUGAAGAAUCCGAUGGUGAGGAAAAUUUACAGGAAAACACUGAUGAAGCUGAGGGAAAUGAAGACUCCGAUGGUGAAGAAAAUUUACUUGAAGACUCUGAUGAUGGUGAUGAAAACCAGUUGUUAGUAGAUUUUAUCAAUGAAUUAAACAACCUACUUGAAGAGAAUGGCCAUAUUCCGGAUGAAGGUGGGAAUGAGGAUGACCAUAUUCCAGAAGCUGUUGUUGCUGAAGUUGGGGAUGAUUAUGAUGCAAAUAUGGGAGUUGAUGCGGAAGCUGAAAGGGCAGAUAAUGAGAGUGAUGAUGACCCAAAUGAAUAUGAUGGGGAGCCAAAUUCUGAAGAUGAAAGGGCGGAUGAUGAGCGCCAUGACGAGGACACAGAUUCCGAACCUGAAUGGGCUAAUGCUAUGGAGCCAAAUUCUGAAGAUGAAUGGGCAGAUGAUGAGCGCGAUGAUGAGCGCAACGAUGAGGACACAGAUUCCGAAGCUGAAUUGGUAGCUGAUGAUGGCCUUGAUGAUAACCCAAAUGUGGGUGAUAAUGAACCAAAUGUGAUUGAUGAAGAACCAAAUGUGAUUGAUGAAGAAUCAAAUGAAGAACCAAAUGUGAUUGAUGAAGAACCAAAUGAAGAACCAGAUGUGAUUGAUGAAGAACCAAAUGAAGAACCAAAUGUGAUUAAUGAAGAACCAAAUAAUGAACCAAAUGUGAUUGAUGAAGAACCGCAUAACCCGGAAAAUGAGUCAAGCUCAAGUACAAGCAGCUCAAGUACAAGCUCAAGUGAUUCUGCUGAAUCCGACUCAAAUGGGACAGGAUCAAGUACAAGCUUAGCCGUUUCAGUCAUAACUGACAAUCUUGGUUCAACUAUAGAUAGUAUAUGA